CUUAUAGUGCGCGUGCCGCGGUGGGUGGAGCGGAAGUGUCGGUGCUGUUGGCGGAACAGGCGGAGGCAGAGCAGCUCGGAGCGGACAGCACGGACAGGAAGGCCCGGCCCGGAUCCUCCGCAUCGAACGGGACAUGUCUGGCAGGAUGGAGAUGGACGUCGGCGGAGUGUCGCGGACCCACGUCGCCAUUCUUCCCGCGGCUGAGCUCAAGUCCUCGCUGAAGCCCGAGGCCGAGCGCCCGCGCUGCGCCAGCACGCCGUGCUCGCCCAUCCGGGGCACGGUGGCCGGCUACCAGAUCCUCCACAUGGACUCCAACUACCUGGUGGGCUUCACCACGGGGGAGGAGCUGCUCAAGCUGGCGCACACGUGGUCGGAGGCCCCGCCGGAGAAGGGCCCCGCCGCUGAGGCCGCGUCCGGCCCGGUGCGCGGCUCCAAGUCCGCCGACCUGGGCGUCCACCGGUCCUCGCGCAUCUUCAAGGCCAGGGGCCGCUACUACCAGCCCUACGACAUCCCGGCCGCCAACGGGCGGCGGCGCCGGCGGAUGCCCAGCUCCAGCGACCCGGCGCUCCGGUCGGCGGCGGCGGCGGGCGAGGCCGGGAAGGCCCUCCACCCUCCUCUACCUCUCUGCCUGCUCAAGGGGAAGCGAGCCCACUCCAAAUCGCUGGACUACCUGAAUCUGGACAAGAUCAGCAUCAAGGAGUCGUCGGACACGGAGGUGCUGCAGUACCAGCUGCAGCACCUCACCCUGCGGGGCGAGCGAGUCUUCACCCGCAACAAGACAUGAGAGCGCACGGGAGGGCCUUUUUUAGCUGCCCGCCACCCUCCCGGGGAUUUAGGUGCUAUUUCCAGCUCGGUUUCCUUUCUACUCAGAUUAUAAAGAGUCGUUUAAGAGGACAGUCUCAUAAUCCUGUUAUAUUCUCACCCGGGGGGAUUUAACCCGUGCUGUACACAUAACGUCGUGAGGUUUUGUUGAGGUUAAAAAAAUGUGAAUUAUAUAAACUUAGCAAUAACUGGUGGACCUAUUUAUCGACAGUGUUGUGUGUUUUUGUACCGUCCAGAAGACACACGGAUGCGUCGGCGCCCGGCCGGCAGAAGCACAUAUCACAUUCUGUAUCAGCUUUAAAAUGCACUGUCGCUGUCCGUCCGGCGAGCGGCUCGCUGAAUGUCCUGUGGAGGGUUCCGUUCUCUCAGCUUGUGGAGCUGCACAGAAUUAACAGUUUCACAAGGUAGUUCUUUGUUAAUGUUGCCUAUUUAUUUAUUGAUUGAUUUAUUUAUUGCUGUUUAAUGGAGCAGAAUUGAUGUGUGUGUGUGUGUGUUUUUUGAAAUAUGUUGCUCCCCAUGUGGAAGGAAAAAGCAGGUGGCAGUUUGGUUCAGUCCCGUCGCCGCUGGCUGUGAGGCAGCGGUGCAAACCACUACACACACUCCCAAUCUCCAAAGCCUGGACUCCACUCACCGCCAGACCCUCGCUCUCUGCGGGGAUUUCCAGCUCUGCUGUUCUUAGAAACACAGCAGAUCUUAGAGCAGGUCUGUCGGCGUGUGGACUUUAGGAGAACUUCACGGUUCGAUUCCUCUGCCUUACUUGGUGCGUGCCGAGUGCGACUGAAUUCUGACUCAACAUCUGGAACGGAGCCUUUUCUUUUUCCGUCUGCCUGAUAGUGGAGGUUUCUGGAAAAUCGUUUUAAUAUUAUAUUACAUUUAAUGAAGCUUACUAAUCGUUUUACCCAUCGAGUGUUUGUUUCUAAUGGAAGAGGACGAGUGCAUCAGAACAAUCAGAGCCCCAGUGGCCUCUCAGUAGUUUUAGGUUGAUAUUUUACUGAAACAGGAGGGCGGAGUUUUAGAUGUGGUGCAUGGACGUGUUGGUUCGUCGGUUUUAACGUGCACGGCGGUCUGAGUGUGCCCGUGUCCACUGACCUCUGCGCCCGAUUGCACUGUUGGACAUCUCCUUGUACAUUUCCUGUAACAAAGCCAUGAGAACACGCAGAGCUCUUAAACACGUGUGUCCCGCCCCCCUGCUGAGCGGCGGCGGGAGGAGGAGGAAGAGGAGGAGUCUGAUCUCCUAAACUCAGGCCUUCAGCUGUUUGUGGCUGAUGUCAAACUCCAAAUGUUUCCUCUGAAAGGAAAAUUUAAUUCAGUUUUGUUUUACAAACCUGAAAGAUGUCAAAGAUGACAUUUAACCCCCAAAAAACAACUUUCAGCAGAAUCUCAUUUAAGAAAUGGCUACUGGUGGAAAAUGCAGUUAAAUAAUAAAAAAAGAAGAAAAAAAUCCUUUGUUUCUGGGAUUUAGGGUUUUUAUCGUCUGCUACGAAAACACUGUGGCCCAAACUAAACAGUGAGAACUCCAGCUGUGAUUGAUACAAGUGGAAGGUUUAGUGUUUUCUUUGGACCGGGUCGGCCACUCCGGCGGCCUCUUUUGGCCCCUGGGCCUUAUGUUGGACACCCCUGUUUCGUGGUGUAGGAAGAGAUGAAGUUGCUGAACUCUGUCAGUGUGUGUGUGUGUGUGUGUAGCCAGCGAGCCCACUCAUGAAUCCAACCUGAUGAGAUGUUUCUCUGCUAUUUGUGAAGCAGCAGUUAAAGUGGAAUAACCUGAAAAAAAACAAAAAAAACAUGCUCCUUUCUUUAACUUCGGCUGGGCCUUCCUUGUUUUCCUCAACGUCUUGGUUUUUUGCAUCUGAUCAAUAGCGGCUUGAGAGGAGCUGUGCGAUCAGAAAACCCGUCCUCACACACACUGUGGAGAUGCUGUGUCGGUCGGCGGUUUCAUUGUUUACUGUGUGUAAAGUCGCUCACUCUCUCUUCUACUCAAGACUAAAGCCAAAAAGAAAACGUGUGCUUGAUAUUAAACACUGACUGUUAGAUCCUUAAAGCUUGUUACUAACAGAUCUAUGAGAAGAUCACGUCAGUUUGUGUUUUCUUCAACAAAAAAAACCCUAAUUAAUUCAAAGUGUCAUGUUAUAACCACACACCUGAGAGUUCCGAUGUUCCUUUAUGACCUGAUGUUUUAUUUUCUCCACUCAGUUCUGCUUUCUUCUCACUGUAUUUAAGACUCAUUAAGAUCACGUGUCACGUUAAGCUGCAGCUGCAUCCACUGACAUUUACUAACUGUUGUGAUUUCUUUGUUAUUAUUAUAGAAAUAAAACUCUACCAGACCGG